GAUCAGCAGUUUUAACCUCAGUUGUUUCAGAGCUGUACAGUGAGAGUGAUGUAGAAUGUGAUGGAACUGUAACAACACUUCUGACCCGCAGUUGUACAGGUCCGGACUGGUCAGAGAGUGACUCCAGUCUUAGACUUUUGCUCGAAUGAGCUGACCAGGACCAUGUCUAGCUACAACCCCAGCGAUACCUUCUAUAACAGUGCAAUGUAUCAGAAUAGUUCCUCUUCGUACCCUGGGGAGCUGAACCAUGGAUCCUCCAGUAACCAGCUACCACACUUAAUACACUACUACCCAGAGAGUCAUUGGCCUCCCACAAACGUUCAUGGAAAUGAUGCUACAAUGACAUCUACAGCUUUGAAUGAUAUGAACGUACAAAUAACUGACCUGACAUACCAUCAGCCAAUGAGAACUGUUAAUUGCCUCAAUAGAGUCCAGACCAAAACGUCCAUGGGAAACAUACAACACUACCCUCCUCCGUUAGAUCAGCUAAUUCUUAAUCAGUUACCUAGUAUACACGUGGGUGUGGCUGAAGAUAAGAAGCCUCCAGCAGUGAAAUAUGAUCAACAGUUUCACAAUCCUGCUAAGAGCUUGGAUUCACCUCAGAUUCAAAAUGGCUAUGCACAAGAAUCAACUGUCAACAAUGAUGGCACUGCUCAUUAUUUUAACUUUUCAACUUCCAGCAACCAAACAUCACAGUUACUAACCUACCGACAACAGGGUUAUUGGCCUUCCACAAACCUACAUGCAAACAAUACUAUGAUGACAUCUACGGAUUUGGAGGAUUUGGAUAUUCAAAUAACAGACCAAACGCACCAUCGUCCUCUGGCCACAAUAUCAGUUACAAGUCCUGCAGUGCCAGAUGAUAAACAGUUUCACAAUCCUGCUGAGAGCUUGGAUCCACCUCAGAUCCGAGAUGGCUAUGCACAAGAAUCUACUGUCAACAAUGAUGGCACAACCCAUUAUGUCAACUUUGCAUCGUCCAGUAACCAAGCAUCACAGUUAAUAACCUACCUAGAACAGGGUUAUUGGCCUUCCACAAACCUUCAUGGACAUGAUGCCCGGAUGACAUCUACAAUAUUGGAAGAUAUGAAUAUGCAAUUAACAGAGGCGAUGCUCAAUCAGCCAUUGGAUAGCGUCAAUAGAGUCCAGGCAGGAACGGCAAUGGGAAACAACCAAAACUGCCCUCUUUUGGAUAAUUUUAUGGCUACAAAUUCAGAGGCAUCUACUGAAGAAUCACAAUUAGUAAAUGAUUUUGAUGAUGCAAUUCCAAUUUCUUUUGAUGCAGCAUUUGAAGCAGCUAAUAUAAUCUUCGAACCAUUGGAAUACAACUCUGCGUAUGUCUCAGAAGGAACCAACAUUGAGGGGCAAAUUCUUAAUAAUAAUGAGCCGUCAGAACAGUUCCCAACAAUAUUACCCCGAGAACCUGCUAUUCAUGAUGAAAAACCAACACAACAAGAUAUACAACCUCUCAGCACAAAGGGUGGAAGACCCCGCAGGAACAUGAAUACACUUCAAGCAUCCGUGAACAACAGAGUGGUAUUGCCGCCAGCCCCUACUAUUAAUGAAGAGGUUCCAACACCUCCCAAGAGAAAACGUGGAAGACCUCGCAAGAACGAGAAUACAUCUCAAUCCUCCACUAUUGAAACCCUCACCAUUACACCCCCAAUUCAAACAAGCCAGAAUGACGUCACAAAGGAUAGGAAGGCAAAACUGAAACUGUUGUCUCCGGAUUUCUCUUUCAACGAACAGUCAUCCCCAGGUUGUUCAGGUAACUCGAUUUAUGCCAAGAGUGACACAAAGGUACCAGAGGACAAAGAGAAUGCAGAGUAUGUGCCUGAGGAGGACCUGACUGAGGAGGAGUUAUCUGAGGAGGAGCUGUCUGAGAAGGUGACAUCGCUGGAAAACACAGAAGAAGAGAGACGAAAGAAAAACAACUUAGCGUCAAAAGAUUCUAGGAAGAAGCUGAAAGAGAAACUGGCUCAGCAGAAGCAACUGAAAGAAAGACUGUCCAAAGACAACAUGAAACUGAAAGAAGUGAAUAAGAGGCUAGAGGAGGCCUUGGAAAUCCUACAAAAAUCACAAAACUUGAGAAACUGUAAGGAGGGAUUUUAACACUCAAGGCCCCUAAUGAUGAUGUUAUUGUUAUUAUUUUCUACAGCUGCAUCAUGCCAUCUCCAUUUGCAGCAUCGCGUUGUAGUCGUGUACUAAGUGCGGUGAAUCGAAUUAUCUUUGGUUGGAAGUCGAAAUCAGCAUUAUACCUAGGGAUAGGCAUAGUUACUGAGUCUUUUAGAGUGAAAAGAAAUGAACUAUCCAAUUUUGUCACUAAAUUUUAAGGUUCUUUAUUUACAUACCUCAUUAAAUAUUAAAAUCAUAAAUUUUCAAAUAAUAAAGUACAAAAAAAUAAAACAUAUUAUGUUAAAAAGACAUUUUUAUCAACAUAGACAUACAGUAUAUGAUUAUAUAUUUUUUCAUUUCAAACUCAAUUAAGAAAUUUUACUUGAAGUGGAAUUCCCAUAUAGUAGCUUUUUCCAGGUAAAUUUAUUUUGUAAAUAUAAAAUUGUAAUGUAGUUAUCAUUUACAGUUAUAUAAUGUAAUGUUACAUUAUAUUAUAUUAUUGUAGUUAGAUUUAAGUAGAAUACAAGUAGAGCGACAAGUUUUAUAUUUUUGUAAAAGUGUGAUUUCCAAAUACAAAUUUGACAGUUUCUUAUUGUAUAGUUAAGGCUAAUUUCUUAAAUAAGGAACAAAUAAAAAACUUGUAUUAGAUUUUCAGAGACGUUUCUAAGGCGUUCUCUACAUUCUUUCCAAAUCUCAGCAAUAACUGGGUGCAAAAUACGUCAUUUUACACUUGGCUUUGGGUGAGCGUAGGAGAUUUCACGUUUACCUCACAGUGGAGAACAUCCCCUCCCUGAGAGCUAUUCUCAAUGAACUGAUGAUUAUUAUUUUCAUUUUUGAUAUAGGCGUAGUAGAGGUGGAGUUUCCAAACAAAUUCCAAACUUAAAAGUUAACUUGUUCGAAAGACAUUGUUUAUAUAGAUGGAUACACACAAGGGCAGAAAUCUACUUUCUUCUGAGAGACAAUGCGCAAAACACUCAACCAAACACGUUUACAAAACCAUGUAAUUAACUAAAAUUGUGUUACCCAGUGACAGACAUUUAUUGAUUUUUUUGUAUGACUGUAGGUAUUCCCUCUGUUUAAACGGCAAUCGAUAUUCCAGGUAUAUACGCAAACUCUCGUAUAAGUAUAUACAAGUGUUUACAAUGUACUUAACAUUGAUUGACUUAACAUACAGACAAGAAAGUGAGUUAAUAGAAAAUGUAAGUGCCAUACAUGAAGUUCAUACUCCGUCCAACCCAGUCAACAUAACACAGUAAAAACUCAUAACAUAACAUUUAGCUUAUGCUGAAUAUUGUAAUUUUCAUCAAGCUAAACAUUGCAGAUUAAAUUAAAGUGUUUAACCUUUAUAUGAAACCAAUCAUCCCAACAAAGUAACUUCAUCACAUGUUUUAACUUAUGUAGCUUCCACCUAUUAAAAUAUAUAAGUUUUUGAAACAUGUAUAAUUAAAUGUUCGCAAUAUAUUCUGUUUACUUAUUUGCUUAUUCUGUAUUUGUCUGUUGCCAACGUGGUUACCAAUAAGAGCAAUGUAACCAGAGUCAGUUUUUGACAGACAGAAAUAAGAACUCCUAAUGAACUAAUUUAUGAUUUUCAGUUGUGAAUAAUGAUGAAGGGAUAGGAGAUGUAAAGUUUUGUAUCAAGUUUACUUAUUAUACUGUAUAGGCUAUAUUUAAUGUAUAUUCACAUACAAAUCUUUAAAUUGAUCUUGUAUUGUAUCUAUAUCAUUAGUAGUUGUUUUACAAUAAAUGCCACCUAAGUUGUUACAUUGAAAAUUGGCUUUGCCGUUGAUGUCAUAAAUAAAUAAAUAUUGAACGAAAUUUUGUAAUAAUUCACUUCAUAUUUUUUAAAGGUUGCAGAAUUAGUCUAGUAGAGCCGUAUUGAUUUUACUGGACAUAGAACUAAAUUGUAAAUUCCUUAGAAGAUAUCAGAAUUGUAAUAAAUUUUUAUAAUAAAGUGAGAUGUUGUUUGUAAUCGACUCCAUGUAGAAAAACUUAAAGGUAGUAAGAAAAACAAUAGUCAAAACCAGUACAAAAACAUGAAAUUGUGUUAAAUCCAUAUUUAAUGAUUAAAAACUAAAAGAUCUUUAAAUAGGUCUGUAAGACUGAGGCAGAAUGCCAAAUUGUAUGAUUCAGACUGUACAGCCUGUCUGCUUACUUAGAACUACCAUUUAUUUAUGUUAUUUUAUAUUAGUUUGGGAUUAGAAUAAAAUAUGUAGCUUAAGUUUGAAAGCAAUGAGAUAAUUGAUGAUGACACAGAUUGUGCUAUUCUACAGUUACAGAUUGAACAAAUGCCAGACUCUGCAGAAAGUGAUAAGAAAAGAACCGAGAAAUGA